GAAUUUUUCGCAGAAUUUGAGAUGAUGUGGUUCGCUUUCCAGUAUUAUGGCGGAGAAGAAGGAAGCGCCACAGGUCUUGUCUAGCACAGUUGAAGAGCCCCUGGACCUUAUCAAGCUCAGCCUCGAUGAGCGUGUCUACGUGAAGAUGCGCAACGAUCGAGAGAUACGUGGUCGACUCCACGCUUACGACCAACAUUUGAACAUGAUCCUUUCUAAUGUUGAGGAGACGGUGACAACUUCAGAAGUUGAUGAGGAAUCAUUCGAAGAAAUUUACAGGCAAACGAAGCGCACAAUUCCAAUGUUGUAUGUGCGCGGUGAUUCUGUAAUACUGGUUUCGCCUCCUGUUCGCGCCUCAUGACGUGCAAGAGGUCUUGAUUUGUUCUUUGCGUCCUGUAAAAAUGUUUUGAUUGCCAUGGUAACUCUCACUGUAUGAGUUAUUAUAAUUGAAGUAAGACGUUCUGAGCAGUUCUACAUUGGCAAUGAUAGUACAAUUUUUGCAGUGAUGAGAGUUAACGGCGUGAUUUGCAGCUUUCAAAAUAGCUGAAAAUUCUGGUUGUUUUAGCUGUUGACAUUAUGCAAAACCUACUGCAGUACAAUACUUUUCAUUCUGCACAUCCCUGUCAUGCAAUCAAACAAGUCAAUACUCAUUCGAGUAAUCAUCUCAGAUAUCCUCUUGUUUUCAUAUUGCCUCGAAGACAGUCGUAAACAU